UCCUCAGUGUUCCUCAGUCAGUGCUUCAGUCCUCCUGUGCUUCGGUGGGCUUAUUCCACCGACACCGACCACAAUGGUAUACACGACGUUGAAGGGUUCGCCGGUAUUUUGACAGCCUUUCAAAUAAGUGAACUAACUGUUUAAUGAGAUCGACGAUAGUAUCAAUAGAUUCCGUGCGUCAGAUAUGUCAAAAAUGACAGAUAAGCUGAGAAGAUAUGAAAAAAUUGAUUUCCUUGGAGAAGGACAGUUUGCUACUGUAUACAAAGCCCGAGAUACUGAAACGGAUGGAAUCGUAGCUGUGAAAAAGAUUAAAGUGGGAAGCCGAGCAGAAGCGAGAGAUGGCAUUAACAGAACUGCUUUGCGAGAAAUAAAACUGCUGCAAGAACUCAGACAUGAAAACAUCAUAGGAUUAUUAGAUGUAUUUGGGCACAAGUCAAAUGUAUCAUUGGUAUUUGAUUUUAUGGACACCGAUUUAGAGGUGAUAAUAAAGGAUAACAAUAUAGUACUAACAUCAGCAAAUGUAAAAUCGUAUAUAAUACAAACUCUCAAAGGAUUGGAGUAUCUUCACUUUAACUGGAUACUUCAUAGGGAUCUGAAGCCCAAUAAUUUGCUUGUAAACAGUGACGGCGUUUUAAAAAUAGGAGAUUUUGGGCUGGCUAAAUUCUUUGGCUCGCCUAACCGAGUAUAUACCCAUCAAGUUGUAACAAGAUGGUAUCGAGCACCAGAAUUGCUUUAUGGGGCCAAAUUAUAUGGCACUGGUGUAGAUAUGUGGGCUAUUGGUUGUAUCCUAGCAGAGCUGCUAUUACGUGUACCAUUUCUUCCUGGAGAAUCUGACUUGGACCAACUUACAAGAAUAUUUCAGACAUUGGGUACACCAACUGAAGAAACUUGGGCUGGAAUGACCGACUUGCCUGAUUUUAUACAGUUCAAGCCAUUCCCCGGUACUCCAUUGAAGCAUAUUUUCACUGCAGCUGGAGAUGACCUAUUGGAUCUCAUUGCAAGUCUUCUAAACGUUAAUCCGCUGGAACGGUGUACCUGUGAUCAAGCUCUGCAAAUGCCAUAUUUCAGUAAUAAACCACCGCCAACACCUGGACCCAAAUUACCACUUCCGACGUCUAUUAGAAAAGAACCGGAGGAAAAACCUAGUCUGAAAAGGAAAUUACUAGAAUCCAUGGAUGGGGCGUCACUUGCGAAAAGACUGCAGUUCUGACAUUGCACAAUGGUAGGCCCAUUCAAUAAGUUAUUCAAUUUACUAUUUAUAAUUAUUUUCAUACUGAUUUGGCAUAUUUUUGAGAUGCGACAAUGCUCUGAUACGAUAACAUUAUUUAUAAUUUUCUUUUACGAUUCUGGAGAACCCUAAAACUAUAUAUGAGAUGCUAGUACAAGUCUCGAGUAUAAUUAUUGAGUUUUCUAAUUGUAUAUAUUGUCAGUUCACAUUAUGUUACUGUAUCUGAUAUUUGUGGUAUUUUGAAGAGAUUGUACGUACGGAAUUUUUUACGAGAAUCGAUAGUUCGUGUCUUUGAAUUAUCAUUACGCGAAACCGUCCCUGGUAUAUGAAACCGAAAAUCAAAAUGAACGACUUCGAAGUGUUCUCUCCAUUACAUUCUAUGAGCUUAUUAUCAUAUCAUGCACACCGAUUUUGAAAAGCUACCUGGUAAGCUAACGUUGGCAAUGUAGAAACUCUGAAAUCUGUUCUAUGAAUAGAAAAAUAAAUGAUAACUGAGCGUAAA